AUGACCCCUCCAGCCACCGCAACAGCCGACGCUACCGCAGUCGCGGGCUCGACAAAAGCAUGUCUGGCGUGCCAAAAGGCACAUGUCACCUGCAACGGAUUGCGCCCGUGCUCUCGCUGCAUCAAGCGCGACCAGCAAGACACCUGUGUCGAUGGCAGCCGCAAAAAGUCAAAGUAUCUCGAGCCCGACCCGAGACCAAGAGUCCAAAGCAGGGCCGCCGCCAGUGAGUACUCGGAUGCCGAGCCGACCUAUACCGGCUCAACUUCGACCCAUCCCACUCUUGUGCUGCCGCCUGCUCUCACCUAUCCCGAGCCCAACACCCAGGUUCUGAUCGGAGCCUCACCGGAUCUGUCGAUUCGAAGCUUUGAGCCAUCGCAUCACUUUGGCUCCGAGAUCGUCAAUCUGGAAUACGCCAUCCUCUCCAAUAUGCUGUUUUCCAGUGGCAGCACGGGGCUCCACGCACCCGAGGUGAUCCUGCCCAACGCCAGUCUAUACUCACCAAGCAGCGCUUCGCUCUCGGACAUGUCUCAGCCGCCGCUGUCACAUCCGCCAUCGUCGUCGGUGGCCAUCUUGGCCAGCCCAGCGCUUGCAGGGCCGUCGACAGGCAUGGCCGCGCAUGCGUCAAUACCAAGUUUGUACCCAGUGUCGUCCUCCUCCAUGGCCUCCACAACCAUCCCAGCGCCGUCGGUAUCUUCGGCUGCGUCGAUCGUACCCGACGGCUACUUCAGCGAUGGCGACCGGCUAAGACGAGUUUCGCCGCACUACCGGCUGCCCGAAUCCUCGGCGCCGCAACGGCCGUCCCCGUCGAUGAGGUCGUCCUCUGGCCAGAAGGAUGACACCAUCUCGCUGCCUUCGCCGCCAUCUUCGUCCACAACGAGUCUUCAGCAACAACAUCUUCAGCCGCAACCGCCGCCGCAACAGCAUCAGCACCAGCAUCAGCAUCAGCCGCAGCAUCACCAGCACCAGCACCACCAAGGAAAAGACGCCGCCCACCGACCUGGCGACAGCCGGAUGACGAUCGAAGACAUCUACGGCGGCGUGUCGAAGCCAUACGACUAUCGCGAAGGGUUUCAUUACCUGGUGAACUAUGUGACAAACAGAAUGGAAAAGGACGACAUCAUCCGAAUCUGCAAGUCUGUCGGUUUGUUUCGGCCGAGUUUCAUGGCCCAGAUCAUGCAUCUCUCCGAGAAGGACCUGAUCUUUAUGGAGCAAUGCUUCCAGCGCGUAGUGAUGGAGUUUGAGCAGCUCAUCGGGUUCUCAGGCACGCCCACGGUGGUCUGGCGACGGACGGGCGAGAUUGCGCUCGUGGGCAAGGAGUUCUCGCUGCUGACGCAGUGGUCGCGAGAGCAGCUUCUGGCUUCCAAGACAUACAUCUACGAGCUCAUGGACAACCCCUCGGCCGUCGAGUACUGGGAAAAGUUCAGCCUGAUUGCCUUUGACAACUCGCAGCAAUCUGUCAUGACAACCUGCAACUUGGUCUCGCCCAUGAACGUCGUCGUGCCGUGCGCUUUCUGCUUCACGAUCAAGCGAGAUAUCUUUGAUGUCCCGCUCGCGAUCGUGGGCAACUUUUUGCCACUCUUCAACCACUGA